AUGGCGCCUAUCAACGGGGCUGCAGCAAAGUCGGCUAAGACUAGCACUCGACGAGCCACCUCUAAGACUGUCGUCCCCGUGCUGCCUCUUACCUACCCCCAGCGCCCACCAUCCAAGCAGCACGUUCCUGCACCGCCAGCUCUGCCCCCUCCGACCCACAGCGAGCCAACCCAACAUCCCGCCGACGUCAAGGUUGAAGGCCGAAAGUCAGACCAAGAACAAGAGCACCACGCCCGCCACGAGCUGCCAGCUACGAGCCCCGUCGAACUCGGCCCAAGCCCUGCCGAAAAUAUCAAUACCUAUACGCCAUCUGCGGCUCCCGUUCAAGUGGCCAUCGCAGCUGAGCUCCCUGCCCCGGGUGCUACCACUGAUGUGAAGCCUUCAGAUACUCCGACCUCCUUCUCGCCUUCGAUCGACCAAGACAUUAAUUCCCCCCGACACCCCCGACUCUUCGGCCCCUCAGACGUUGGAUCUACCUGUUCUAGUGCGACUGGGCGCGCCGCCGAUACCCUUAACACAACUACACAACAUCCGAUUAUGCAUCCUCCUGGGUUCCACCAUGCUCAUCCGAGCAACGGGAGCUUAGUAUUUGGGCGGUUCGACUCGAAUGCAUCGUCGCCUGUCCCCCGCCCCGGAGCCGGCUUCCCUCCUCCUGGCAUCAUGCCAUAUCCACAGACUGCGAUGCCUGUUGCGGCAGUGGAUGGGUAUGGCCGCCCAGUGAUGGUGUCUCCGACUCUCGAUGGCUACCCUGCAGCCAUCAUGAGUCACCAUGGCCCGCCGACCCCUCAUAGCUUCCACGGCUCGCAAUCGUCGAUACAGGCCGAAGACCACGGCUUCGGACAUUAUCCCCCGAUUAAUGGACAUAAUGGAUACCACGUUGAGCCUGUUGCGCAGACCGGAAUCAACCACCUGAGCUUGAACCCGCACAUGAAUGGCGCAAUGCACUCCAAUGCGGUCUCUGCGCCGUUUCAGAGCGUCCAGGAGCAGGGCGAGACGUUGGAUUUUCUCCGUCGAGGCAUCAGCGAUAACACCUUUAACGACUGCGUCAUCGAGGCCGCUUUCCGUGAUAGCCCCUAUUUCGGGGACCAUCCUGAUUACCGGGCUCUUUUGCCCAGAGUCAGAACUCACGGACACCGAUUCGUGUUUUCCCGCAGCCCUGCGCUUGCCAGAGUAAUGAAGUCCCAGCGGACUGCCCCAGGUGGCUGCAUAUUCCUCGACGUCCAGGACGAGUUCAUGCGUCCCGAUGUCUUCUUGUAUGCCAUCCGCAGUCUUUACGGCUGGUCUCUGGCCGAUAUCAUGCUUCCCACCGACCUCCAACUACGUAAUGUCAAGGACGACUUCAAACUCGCCGUGAGCUACGCCGCUACGGCGCAGUUCUUGGAGCUGCCGAGACUGUAUACGAUUGCUUUGCAACGUGCAAGCAACCUUCUGCACUGGGAGACUCUUGAUCUGGCUGUCGACUUUGCCUUGCCAAAUGUCACGGUACCUCGCCUCUCCCGAUCUGACGAUUUCAACGUCUCGGGGCUCGUCGAUCGGCUUCUCGUCUUCAUCGUUGAUAGCUUCCCAAAUGACUUCGUUCUGGAUAUCAGCGCAGCCGACAACGGCUUUACCCGCCUACCGGCCGCUGGCCCCUAUCACCACAGCGCAGAUGCGCCAACGAUUGCCCAUGGUACGUCCGGAGCAGCCUACAGCCGCCAUCCGCCCAACAUUGAUUCGCGCAUGCAUCGGAACCAGCUCCUGUCUUCCAAUCCGCGCCUGUCGCAAAUCAAGUUCGGAGACAUUUCACCGCCCAACCGGAAUGGAUAUGUGCCCCAUGAUGCUCCUGUUGGUCUCGAGGCGGUCAAAGGAAAUAUGAUGCCGUCCCCGAACGAUACUAUUCUUUCACGGAUCUUGCUCAACCUCCCCUUCAACCUCCUGACGCGAGUUCUGGAGCAUCCUCAGUUGGCCAAGCCCUCUGGCGAGCUCAGCAUCCCUGCCCGGUACGCUAUUAUGUCUAGCAUCGUUGCGGAGCGAGAGUCUCGUCGGCUCCGGACCUUGGACAGGGGUGCUCCAGAGCUUCGUAUGUUUCAGGACACCCUUGCUAAGGCUGCCGAUCCGCUGGCCGUCAAACACAUGGGCGACUUUCUGGUGAACAACAUGGGAUACAAGGAAGAAGUGUUUCUAGGAGACCCCCCGUGCCUUGUGCACCGAUGGGUGCCGACUAGCAGCGUUGGCGGCAGUAUCACUGCUUGA